AUGUCUAACCACAUCAAGUUCGCCGAGCCAAUCUCCAAGAAGUCGAACAUCGGGCGCACCAGGUCCGAUACGCAGGAAAAGGGGUCCGCACAACGAGCACCGUCUCCCGGAUGUGAAAUCGUUUACCCGACAGGAUGGAGACUUGUACUUACCACCAUAGGGCUUUUGCUCGCCUUUUUUCUUUCCAAUCUGGAUGUGACCAUAGUAAGCUCGGCCCUUACGAGUAUCACAGAUAACCUGGAAGGCUUCGAGAAGAGAAGCUGGAUCAUCACAGGGUACUUGGCUACUUACACAGGAUCCAUGGCAAUAUGGACCAAAGUGAGCGAUAUAGUUGGAAGAAAGUCAACUACAAUCACUGCUCUGGUUAUACUGCUUGCUUUCUCGAUUGGAUGCGGGUGCGCUCAGACAGUAAACCAACUCAUCAUCUUUCGCGCUUUCCAGGGAAUAGGAGGUGCUGGUGCAUAUGCGCUCACAAUAUUAUGUGUCUAUGAAAUUGCCCCGAAGGCAAAGCUUCCCAUCUACAGCGCUCUCAUGUCGGUCUGCCUAGUUCUUGCAUCCUUACUAGGCCCAAUUAUCGGGGGCGCAUUUGCCCAGAAUGACGCAUGGCGGUGGACCUUCUUCAUCAAUGCUCCACUAUGUGCUAUUGCCAUAGUCAUAAUCCUUGUCGCGAUGCCCAUCAACUUUGGUCUCGACCAACACACACCUUCUUUCAGGACACGGGCAUCUUAUCGCUCGUUUGCUAACCUUGACAUCGUGGGAUCUGUCUUGAUGAUGGCAAGCUCCUUCCUGAUAGUUGCUGUCUUGAACGAAACCAAUCUCGCAUUCUCCUGGUCUUCCCGGGAUGCGAUCGCGCUGCUAGUCCUGACGGGGGUCUCGUGGAUUGCUUUCUUUGCCUGGGAGUGGUACAUAUCAGGAAUACACGGGAAAGAUCCUAUAUUUCCCAAGCGAUGGCUAUUCGAUCGGCCUUGGAUGGGCAUUCUUAUCUCUUCUUUUGUCGUCGGCGCACCUUUCAACGUUGUUUUGGUGUAUGUUCCACAGCAAGCUGAGCUACUGCUCGGGAAGUCGCCGUUUGACGCUGGCAUUUACUUGAUUGGAUAUUCUGCGGUUGCUAUGGUUGCUGCAGGUCUAAUCAAUGUUGCGAGCUCCCGAUGGCGUAUUCCGUUCAUUUACACUCUGCUUGUGGGCUGCAUUCUCCACACAGUGGGUGUCGGGCUUCUUUCGACAAUUGCCUCUGCAAAGGGGUUCCAUGCUACGGACAUUGUAUACGAGGUCAUCGCGGGAGCAGGCAUGGGGCUAACAUUAGGCAUACUCGUGCUGUCUACUCCAUACAUUGUUGAAGACAGAGAUUUGGCAAUUGGAACUGGUGCUGUUGUCCAGUUCCGGUUCCUUGGUGGUGCCAUCGGACUUGCCAUUGCAUCCAACAUCCAAAAUGGCCAACUGGUGAAAUCUUUGGGGGGUGUUCUCUCCUCUCACAGGCUGCAUCUCUUCCUCGAAAAUGUCAAACUGACCCAUGACCUAUCUCCCCAUCUGCAGGAACGCAUCAGUGAUGUUUUCGCCAGCAGUUACACCACACAACUGAGAGUUAUGAUUGGAUUUGCGGCAGCCCAAUUACCUGCAACUCUUCUUCUGCUGAAAUCAGGUCGGCAACUUGCAGCCAAAUGGCAUCCGUGCAGGGAAUGA